AUGAUAUGGGAUGGAGCAAGCGUGGAACCGGUAGAAGCUACGGUAGCCUUAAUAGUUAUGCAAACUGUUAUAGGGUUUUUGUCCGAAAAAAUUUUAGACUUCUCGUCUCGCAAUCGCAAGUGUCGACUAUGUGAUUUGGGUCAUAAAAAAGAUGACCAUGACUGUCGGAAAAAUUUUGAAGGUAGUGCAAAAGCAAUGGAGCCAGAUGUUGGUGCUCAAUCACUCAAUAAUAGUACCAUCCUUCAAAAUGCUUCAGUCAGUGCUCGUGUACUUAUAGGGGAUGAAGAUAGCUCAACUAUAGCAAAUGUACGUAGAAAUAGAGAAGAAAAAAUUUUCAAACUGGCAGAUAAGAAUCAUUUGAACAAACAUUUUGUAAAUGAAUUGUAUAGAUUACAAAAACAGUUUACGGAAAUAAAACAAAGAAAAACAAUUCCGCAUCUCAAAAAAUGCUUUGGUUAUGCUGUGAGUCAAAAUAAAGGUAAUGCUGCUCAAUUAGCUGAUGCUUUACGUCAAAUUCCGGAUCAUGCGUUUGGUAAUCACGAAAACUGCGGUAAAUGGUGUAGUCGAAAGUCGAAUGAUGAUAAAAAACAAAAAAUUUUACUAAAAGAUGCAGCGUUGUACAAUAAGUUGAAACAGAUAUUUAUAAAAUAUGCAAACAAUGCAGCUGAAUUUUCGAUUGCUGCUUCAAGCCAAGCAAACGAAAGUGUCAAUAAUAUAAUGGCUCACAAAGCACUGAAAAACCGCUGUUACAGUCUAAAUGUAAUGUUGAAGCUGAAUGUUUCCCCGAGUAAAUUUACAGAAUCAUUCACAGUAAAAGCUGACAAAAUGAAAUCUCAAAGGGCAGAAAAAUCAAAAUUACCACAAUCUAAAACUCGACGAAACAUAUUGAAACAAGAAAGAGAAAAUUUGCGGAAAAAAAAGAAAAUACCGAAGGAAUGA